AUGAUGGAGUCGUUUGUUGAUGUACCGAGUCAGAACGGACACCCCUGUGACACCGCAGGCGCAGUAAAAGAAGACGAGGGGGACGAUAUCCUCGCAGAUGAUCAAGUCGAGUCGAGUCGAUCCAAGCAGAGAGGGGAAGAGAAAAAGCAGAAGAAGAGUAGUAGGAGGAGGAGGAGGAGGAAGAAGAAGAAGAAGAACAAGAAGAAGGAGGAGAAGGGAGAUAAAGUCGAAGGAAGCCGGCGAGAGAUGAGGCUAAAGAAGCGAAGAGAAGGCUACGUCAGAGCCAGCAAGAAGGAUGCAAGUCAUGGGCGGCCCAUGGAGACAUCGACAUCAUGGAUGGCAUGCCAUGGCAUCUCUCGGAGAGGGGGCACCAAAGAGUGGUCAGAGGUCCCGGGGAGACAGCCAGCUAGGCAAGCCGCAGGCGUGAGCAGGCAAGGUACCGGUACAUCGCCAACAAGUGACCAGCUCACAGGGGGUCCCUUCAACUAG